GACGUUACCCGCACGCCGCUUCGAGGACCUGUCGCUCGACGCGCCGCCCGACCCACGGGCGACCAGCAGGCAUCCAGAGGGCAUCGUGAAAGUGAACUCUCGUUUGGCUUCCGCCAGCGCCUGACGUCAGAGCGGUGAUUACGUCACCGGUUCGAGCCGGCGCCGCGCAGUGUCAGAUCCGCGUGCGUCCGCGUGCGUCUGCGUGCGUCCGCAUGCGUGGCAUGCUGUAGCGUCACCUCCGCCCCCCAGCGGCAGCGUGCACGUCGAUGAAGACCAACAAGAGCAAGAGCGUGACGAACCUGGCGGCGGCGCAGGCGCAGUACGCGUCCACGCCGCACCUCUUCGUCUUCCAGUCGAACGAGGAGGCGGCCGUGCUGCACAAGCCGGAGCCCAUCUACCAGUCGGCCGUGGACGUGCGCGCCGGCCGGCUGGCGGCCGCGCAGCGCAUCAGCGAGAAGUACGACUCGUACCGCAACCUGGCGCGUGACGAGGAGCAGCCGCUGACCGUGGGCGACGCCGACAUCGCCCAGGUCGAGUCCUUCUUCGCCGGGCACAAGACGCAGGUGAUCGUGUGCCGCGCGCUGGCCAACAUGUACCUCAGCUCGGAGUCCAACUCGUGGGAGCUCAAGUACACCGGCAUCCCGGCGCUGGUGGUCGACGCCGGCGACACGCGCAGCCGCGGCCGCCGCCUCAUCCAGAUCGUGCUCGCCGAGAAGGGCACCAGCUUCAUGCUGUGGCGCGACGUGGUCGACAACCUGUCCAACUACACGGCGCCCGACCCGAGCUUCCACACUAUGCACCUGUCGACAGACCACCGGCACCGCGUCGGCUUCAGCUUUGACGACAUCGAGGCGGCCAAGGCGUUCCAGGCGCAGCUGGAGACGCUGUGCGCCGAUCCGGCCAACAUCAGCCUGUCGGGGCCGGCGCAGAAGAAGCGCAGGAAGAAGAAGGUGGAGCGCUACGUGCGACCGCGCAAGGAGGACAUCUCGCAGCCGUGCUGCUUCCAGCACGUGACGAGCGUGGGCGCCUCGGACAUGGACCGUUUCUACACGCUGCAGAGUCUCGUGGGCGGCAAGCUGACGUGAGGGCGCUGGGCCGCUCGGUGCCAUAGUGACCGCUGACGGGUCGCGGGUCACGGGUCACGACGCCGGACGCGUGGGCCGGGCGGCGCGCCGCGGGCGGUGUUGUGAUGCACCCGGUGUUUUCGUCGCUCAGGCGGGGGGCGUGUUUUAGAGGCGGCACGCGCGUGAGAUGUGUUUGCCACCGGCGCUGCGUUCGAGUGUGAUCUGUGAAAGCCGUGAAAGCCGCCGGACUGACGCAGCCCGCAAGGUGCUGAGCGGUUUCGACACGGGAGACCUCUGUCGACCGGUGUGAGUGGCCGAGCCGCGCCGACUCACGCCGGCCCGAGAAACAGGCAGCGACAUUCGAGAGCGAUGUGGCUAGUUCUGUGCUCAUGUGGAGAUCUGCUCUGUUUCACAUAGAUCGACGACGAUGUGUUUUGCAGCAUGUUAAUGCACCGAGUGCGCGAUGCAACGAAUAUGUGAAAUGUGAACUAGUCAGACAAAGCUGUUCUGUUUGGCGAACAGUGUCGGCCACAGCUGGGCAGAAUGUGGCUACCUAAGCGAUGUAAAUAAGUUCCGGACUGGGACAAAAUCUGGCCGAUGCGAACAUUUUAGCUAAAUAUCUUGAACUGCUUCAAUACGGCAGGUGUUGUCAUCAUGUUCCCAUACUUAAGACAACCCCGAGCUCCCGUAAAUUCGUCAUAGGAUGGUAGGUACCCAUUGUGUUAUUUAUGCUGAAAGCAGUCUGACGUGUAUCUGUGAUUUGGAGUGUUUUAUGCGUCCGCUUAGCCCAAGUGACUUAUUGUCGUUUUUGUCGUAGGCUGCGACGCCGACCGAGUUAUUCGAGUCUAAUUUAUGCUGCUUUCCGUACGUGUGGCCAUUUAUCGCGAUGUCUCAAGCUGAAUACACGCAGGAUGUGUAAUUUAUGGGGGACAAUAUCCGAGGUCCGCCUCAGCCCCGUUACCCUCGGAGGGAGGCGACCGUAUCUGCGUCUCUUUUGUGAUCAAAUGAGCCGCCGCAAGAGGCUUUCUCCGAGAUAAGGUUACCGCUUCCGGGCUGUUGUUCAUCGCUUUGCAUGCGACCUGUGUGUCCCGAAAUGUGAGUCAUGCGCAGUGUGUUGACCAGUGUCACAGUGUCAACCGCCGUAGUGUCCACACGCACAGUGUCCAACGCCGUAGUGUCCACACGCACAGUGUACACUGCCGUAGUGUCCACACGCACAGUGUCCACCGCCGUAGUGUGCACUGGCACAGAGUCCAACGCCGUAGCGUCCACGUGCACAGUGUUCACCACUGCAGUGUCCACAACGCACUGCCCAAGGCCAUAGCGUCCACAUGCACAGUGUCCACUGCCGUAGUGUUCACACACGCAGUGUCCACCACCGGAAUGUCUACAGGCACCGUGUCCUCUUCUGCAGUGUGGCCCCAUGUGCCCAAUGCAGCGUUUCUCCGAUCACGGGGUAAUCGGCGUGACCAGCGGCCGCGAAGCGUUUCCUUUCAUUGGCUCCACCAACGCGCUACUAGCGAUCCUUUAUAGGCCUUCUUCGACUAUCAGGCAGCGCCAAAGGAGCGCCGGGGAGAACGAGAGAGAGCUGAACUUCGGCCAUUGAAGAGGACGCUUGACAAGGGAAAGGAUUGAUGCCAUGAUCCGGGAUUAUUUCGGCACUGCGAUGUGCCGUCAUUUCCCUCUUAAACUCCGAAACGUUCCAUGAAACGCGAUAAGCUUCCCUCAGCAGGCUUAAAACUUCGCAAGCGCUCGAAGAUCGCGUCUCGCAACGUGCAGCUCAACGGCCCACCGUAUGGUGCCUCAUGAGUAGCACCAGUAUGUCCGUGGUAGAAGCUGGAAGCACGCCGCGUGGCUACGUCUCGGGCUAGACUGCUGAAUCGCACGCAUAGGUCUAAAGCGAUU